AUGCAUCCGCGGGUUUCGAUGUACGCAUCCAUUGUUGCGCGCAUGGUCACGGUGUACACGCACGUUCGAGGUGAUGUUUGCGUCGACUAUGAAGUCUCCCCCCUCUCCCCUCCUCGUCCCCCCUCUCCCCUCCUCGUCCCCCCCCUCUCCCCUCCUCGUCCCCACCCUCUCCCCUCCUCGUCCCCCCCCUCUCCCCUCCUCGUCCCCACCCUCUCCCCUCCUCGUCCCCACCCUCUCCCCUCCUCGUCCCCACCCUCUCCCCUCCUCGUCCCCACCCUCUCCCCUCCUCGUCUCCCCCCUCCCGGCACGCCCGUCACACACCCGUCUCAGGAGGACAAGGCUGUGCUUACGCUUGGAGCUGAUGGAAAUUCUGGAGAGGAUGGGCGAGCGUGUGGCGGCGAUGGGGCUCAAGUGGGGGGAGAGGCGAAUAAGGUUUUGAUAUCCCCACUCACCCCAACAGGCUUGGAGCUGAUGGAAAUAUUGGAGAGGAUGGGCGAGCGUGUGGCGGCCAUGGGGCUCAAGUGCGGGGAGAGGCGGCUGCACCAGCUGGCGAACGUGUUUGGGGAGAUGCGCCACCCUGAAACCGUCUUCUCGCACUUCAGACUCGAUGCCCAGGAGCAGGAGACGCUCUUCUGCUUCAUGCAGGAGGAGGUGGAGAAGUUGGGCGAGGUGCGCAGCUCCAUGGAGAGACUUAACACUCUGCGCUCGCUGCUCAGGAAGAAGAAACCCGCACCUGCCACAAGCCUUCUCUCUGAGCUACAAGCAGCUUCAGCUGACGCCCUGACCGAUGGAGAGGGCAAGGAGGAGGCAGAGAAGGAGGGCGACUCGUCCUCGUGGAUGCCUCGCUGCGACCUGCCAGGGGCUGAGGAGAUCCUCAAACUGACAGCAACCAUAGCAGAGCUGCAGAGUCGGUGCCUCUGGUCGGUGGAACUGGACCAUGUCGUGCGGCUGCUGGUGCUGGCCAUCAUCCUCCUGAGGGACCGAAUCAUCUCAGUCUUUGCCAUCAACGCGCGCUCCUCCGAUGCCUUGACUCGCGAGGGCUCCCUGGGCCGCGCUGGGCUGGCGCUGCGCUACGCCAAGGUCAUCAACCUGGCAGAGAAGCUCAUGAAAUACCCUUUCAUGGCCGCUGGGAGUACACGAGAUGAGUUGUACGGCCUGCUGACCUACAGCACGAAGAAAGACCUCGCCCUGCGGCUCUCCCGGCCUGUGACCUCCUCCAAGAGCAAAGACGCCAAGACAGAAGAAACCGGCGACUCGCAAACUCGCAAGGGCACAGACAAGAAAGGGGAGAAAGGAAAGGAUGGGGACGAGGAUGGGGAUGAUGAGGAUGAGGAUGAUGAUGAUGAUGAUGGGUUUACUUGGUUGAAAAAGCCUAGUCCAUUGAAUGACCCGCGUGGUCUGGGUGGGAAAGGAGGACCGGGGAAGGAGGGGGAGGAGGACGACGAGGAUAUGGAGGAGUGGGAGAGGCGCAUGCGGAAGGCGCUGAGUCUGCUGCCGACGCUGGCACAGCACACAAUUGCGUGGAACGAUGCCAUCACUGUGAAGCCGUCUUCAAACCGCAAAGCCACACGCCUGCUGAGAGUACAGACGCUGUACCAUGCACAGAAAGCAGUGAUUGAUGCAUCCCUCCUGGAUGCCCUGGAGGGAGUGUCCCGCCUCGUCGCUUCCGAUGCCUCCAACCUUACGCAGCUCAACUCGCGCAAGAUGGAAGCCAUGGCUGCCGAGGCCCGCAAGAAGCUCGACAAAGCCUCCGCGGAUUCGAAGAAGCCGCGCGCGGUCAUGAUCUCAGGGAUCUUCAAACCCAAGCGCGCUGCUGCAGGGAUCGUGCAGGGCGCGCCGCUGCCUAUGGUGUUCGAGCCGGCGACAGAGGUGGGGAAGGUCACGGAGAAAGGGAAGGCCCCGGAGCUGUCGCCGAGAGCUGCUGUGCCGUUGUCUCCCACUGGGGCGUCUGCUGCUGAGCCUGUUGCGAGUUUUCUGAUAUCUUCACUCGUCGAAGCCACUCCUGCCCUGUCUCCUCCCCCCUCUGCCACACCUCCCACCCCACCACCACCUGACACCCUCGGCUCCCCAAAAGGCCCUUUGAAACCGCGCCCUCCCUCACAGCCCCCCGUGCGCCCCCCUUUCCGGGGCUCAGCUGCUAAUAGCGCGGAUUUAUCUGGGGGAGGUGACAACCCGAGGUCUCCCAGGGGGUAUGCCGAUGGGCCGCCUAAAUCGCCGCGUGCUUAUGUGCGCUUUGCUGAUACCCCACCUGCUGGUUUGGGUGACAGCAGCCAUGCCAACCGCCCUGUGAGCCCUCUCGGCCAAUCAGAGCACUCCACGCCCUCCAUUACAAUCAUACCGCCGUCCCACGGCCGAGUGUCAUCCACGUUCCGCGCGCCCGUGCCCCCCGCGCUCCUGUCGCCCACGUGUGUGGCCUACGACGCUACUCCAAAGUCCCCAGCGCCUGUUGCCAGUUUACAGCGGCUCAAUGCGAGGAAGGAGACGCGUGACGAGCCGUUUGUGACCACUGAGGGGCUGCUGGCGCAGGCACAGGCCGAGGCCCUGAAAGCACAGGCACAGGCACAGGCCGAGGCAGAGGCAGAGGCCGCGAAAGCACAGGCCUUGAAAGAACAAGCGAGGCAAGCACAGGCAGAGGUUGUGAAAGCACACGCCUUGAAAGUUAAGGCCCUGAGAGCACAAGCACAGGCAGAGGAAGAGGUGCAGGCACAGUCUGUUGCAGUGCUGCAGGCUCAGGUGUCAUUUUCUUUGGACAGGUCUAUUGGCAGUGAAAGCCAAUCUGCUUCGUCUGAAUCGCCUAAGACUCGUCCCUCCACAGCUCCUGCUUCUGCUGCUGCUGCUGCUGCUGCUGCUGCAGCUGUUCUACGCACCUCCCUCUCUCCGCCUCUCCCUCCGCCCCACUACCCGUUUCCCAACCCACCUCCUCGUCUAGCCCUCGCCCCUCUACUGCUCCCUCCUCCUCCUCUCGCCCCACCACCCCUUCUUCCCGCCCCACCACCUCCUCCUCCCGCCCCACCACCCCUCCCUUAA